GUGUAUAUACGUAAUAUUGUAUUCUUUAUUCAAAGGGAGUGAUACUCAUAAGAACUCCUUUUAAAAAGGAAUAUACAAUUCUCGACAGUAAAAGCAAACACACGAUAAAAAAAAAUGUCUGACCCCUGCAACUGCAUAGAAACUGGAAAGUGCGAAUGCGCAGAUUCCUGCCCCUCAAGUGGAUGUAAAUGCGGAUCCACCUGUAAAUGUGGACCCAGCUGUAAAUGUCCCGGAUGUAAACUCAAAUGCAACUGCAGCGGAACCUGCGGUUGUGGGAAGGGGUGUACCGGACCUGAAAAUUGUAAAUGUACUGACAGUAGCUGUGUCUGCAAAAAAUGACUUCAUGAUCAAGUGACAGAAUUCCAUUGCAAAGAAUAAAAUAUAUGCAUGAUAUAUAUAAAUACUUUAAUUUGAGUGUUUGUUUGUUUGUAUUGCACUGUUUCUUUAAGAAUAUAUGAUGUGCCUGCAGCUUAAA